GUCUCAGAUCUCUACCUAUGUUUACAACCAGGAAGUAAAUUACACAAGUCUCGUAUUCUCUCGGGUGUCUUCCAAGCGAUAAUGGCUGAACUAAUUUUAAGGUCACAUUGAUGAUGGCAUUAUCUGAAUCCCAAAUACCACCCGACGCCCAGCAUUAUUUGGUGUGUGGCACUGAAGACUGUGAGAGGAACUGCCAGUUUUACUGCAAUGACUGUCACCAACCAAUGUGUGAACAAUGCAGAGAUGAACAUCAGAAGAAUAAGAAAACCAAGAUCCAUGAGGUUGUCCCUUAUAAGCUUCGCAAACGUCAACUUCCUGUAGAGAAAUGCAAGAUCCACAAAAAAGAAAUAGAUCUUCUCUGUGGGGAAUGCCAGAUUCCCAUUUGUUCUAAAUGCACAGGCACCAAAGAACACCGCGGCCAUUGGUUUACCAACCUAGAAAUAGUCUUUGCCGAAAAGGUUUCGAUUUAUAACAAAGAAAUUGCCAACAUUCGAAGCUAUUUUGAGCCUACUUCUAAAGAUCUGAAAAAGGAAAUUGCAGGAGAUGUCACAAAAAUAAAGAAGACCAUGGAAGACAUAAGAACGUCCAUGAAAGCUGAAGCUGAGUCUGUGAAAAAGCUGGUAGACACAGUCACAUCAGAUAAAAUAGAACAAGUCGACAAAAUAGAACAGUCAUUAUUGCAAACAUUAAACGGCCAAAACCAAGGAAUAGAUGAUUAUAUAAACUAUCUCAAUGGUUUAGUCAAAACAUUUUAUGGUUACCUAUCUCCCUCAGACAUCAACAAUUUAACAUUUGCUCUUAAAUCUGAAAAAAUACUGAUAAAACCAAUACCAGAGACAUCCAAACCAGUCCCACCCGUAUUUACUGCUGGUCAAUACAGCAAGGAAGAUGUCGCCAAACUGCUGGGUAGAAUAACUGUUCCUAACACUAAACCAGAGAACAGAAAAAUAAAGCCCAUGGAGACUGCCUCUACACAGUUGAAACCUACAGGGAAACAGAGGAAACAAGACAGAGAGAAAUCUGACGUGAAACAAACACUGUCUCUGUCUUCCUCUGUCACCAAGGUCAGGGAGUACACAGUACCAGGUGUUUAUGAUGUAUUUCAUAUAUCACUGGGUAAAUCAGGCAGACUCUGGGUCAGUGAUUAUGGUGGUAUCCUUGUCCAAACAGAUCUACAGGGGAAUCAGCUACAGAAGAUACAAACCAAUGGUGGAUCUGACGGCUACCACACAGUCACACAGGACGGGGAUCUGAUCUAUACAGACAAACAAAACAAAGUCAUCAAUAGGAUAACACCGGAUAAUACAAUCACUGAAUUCAUUAAAACAGGAAACUGGAGACCACUCAGUAUACACUCCUCCCAAAUCAACGGGGACAUACUGGUGGGGAUGCAGACAGAUGAAGAGGCUAAAGUCACCAGGUACAACAAGGCAGGGACAGAAAUACAGAGCAUACAGAGAGACAACAAAGGACAGCCACUGUACAAGUAUCCACACUACAUCACAGAAAACAUCAAUGGUGAUGUCUGUGUAUCAGACUAUAACAAUGAUGCUGUAGUGGUGGUGGAUAAAUCAGGACAACACAGGUUCUCCUACACAGGUCAGAGGUCAAGGAUUACUCCCUAUGGAAUAUGUACUGAUGUACUCGGUCACAUCCUGGUGUGUGAUGAUAUCAGUAAAUCAGUUCAUCUCCUGGAUCAGGACGGUCAGUUCUUGUCUUUACUAUUCACAGAACAACAUGGGGUAGAUCAUCCCUUUAGUGUGUGUGUGGAUGAUGAGAACAAUCUCUGGGUGGGACAAUACACCACCGACACAGUGAAAGUGUACAAGUAUCUUCAGUGA